AUGACCGAUGAGAUGAUAUCUUGGUUCAAUCAGAACACAUUGGAGUACGAGCUAGUGAAAUCAGAUGCAUCUAAUGUGACGAUUAUUGGACGAUUUAAUCCUUUCUUCAUUCUAUUCUUAGGGCUUGCCACAAAUGGUGUAGGACCUUCUCUCACUUCUCCACUAAAUACUGAUUCUGAUUGUCAACUGCCAUUCGCAAUGAGGAAAAAAGGCAACCCAUCGAGCAUUUCAGCUCAAGAAACCCAGACAUCUAACGAAGCAACAGCCAGUGGAGGCUCGCACCAACCCUGUGGCGUUCAUCAGUUGCUGAAGACAGUGAAGGACACCUUGAGAGUGCUGUGCUCAAAGGAUUCCCUUAACUGCAGCUCUGUUCCCCCGGAUGUGGAUCAUCAACAUGCUUCAUCAACCCCAAAUAUCAUUGAGGUUGCUUCAUCUGGCAUAGAAGUGGAAGAUGAUACCCAAUCAGCACUUCAGGAUGCUCAACAAGCUGCAGGGCACAUACAUUCACUUUCGGGAUGUGUGAUAACCGUGAUGUCUGCUGCUCAAGACACACAAGCGGAUCUCACUGCUGCUGAUGGUUUCCAGGACACAUAUCUCAAACCCCUCAAAAUAUUCGAUGAUAUUAUAGGAAAGAUUGUGAAUCUACAUCCAUACACAAAAAUGGCAUUGGGUGUGCUGUCCUGUGCAGCCAAAAUUAUUAUAGCUCAAGCGGAUCGCGACGUAGCAGUACUCGAACUUCUCAAGAAGUUGGGUGAAGUUUACAGCUUCAUAACACAAGAUGAGAUGCUUGGCCAAAUUUCGUCGAUGCACGCUAUCCUUGGAAAGAUUUCUCAGCAGGCUCGUGAAUGUGCACAUUUUAUUAGUAAUUAUUCCAAGAUUAGCAGUUUUUGGAAGAGACUCAAAAAAAACGUCAUCUCGGAAACAACAGAUACAAUCGCAAAGUACAAUGACAUGUUGGAUAGACUCAUGCAAAACUUCCAUGACCAGGUUGCUCGCGAUGUAGCCAUACACAUUCAUGAGAUAGGCACACACAUCCAAGACAUAGCUAUACAUGUCCACCGCACCGAGGAAAUAUUGGACCUCAGCGGAGUGACUUAUGCAGAUGGCGCGGGUUUGAAUACCAGGAAACAAUGCCUUCAAGGGACGUGCACGGAAAUUCUUUCCCAGAUCACGGAAUGGGUCAACAGCACUGGGGACGACAUUCCAUGCAUGCUGUGGCUAUCUGGCCCUGCAGGCAAGGGCAAGUUGGCUAUUGCUCACACCAUCGCUAAAUGGUUCGAAGACGUGGGUGGACUCGGUUCAUGUUACGCUUUUGACCACCAGUGA